UAUUAAAUAGUAGAGCCUAAAGUGUGCCCAAGUCUCUACGUCCAAGCUUUGCAGAGCACACAAAUCUCCACUCCUUUCACACCUCACCUCGCCUCCCCUUUUCAAGAUUCUGCUGGAAAACCCAACCACUUCCCUCAUUUUCCAUGCUUUUGUCCCACAUGUCCAUCACUCAAGGUCUCCUCCCCCUGUAGAAGAAGACACCCACCAAAAGAUCACUCACCAGUCUUGAUGACAGCCAUGAAAGAUCCACAACAAAUGGGCUCCAAUUUCCAAAAAGCCGACGACAGCAGCGUCUCUCCCAGUGUCGACUCGAUGAGACCUGUCUUACUCCAGGGUGGCCUGCUGGAGGAAGACAAUGGCGACGAGUUGGGGCUGAAGAAGAGGAGGCUGACCGCCGAACAGGUGAAUGAGCUCGAGAAGUGCUUCGAGGCCGAGACGAAGCUCGAUCCCGAGCGGAAGACGAAGCUCGCCGAGCAGCUGGGCCUCCAGCCCCGCCAGAUCGCCAUAUGGUUCCAGAACAGACGGGCAAGGUGGAAGACGAAGCAGCUGGAGAGGGAGUUCUCUGUUCUUCGAGCCAAUUACGAUGAUCUCAAGUUCAAUUUCGAGUCGCUUCGCCAAGAGAAGGAGAAGCUGGCCAUGGAGGUGAGUCAACUUCGAAGGAAGUUGCAGGAGAAGGAAGAUCGGGGCAGAAGCAAGGACACAUCGGACAGCGACGCGAGCGCGAUAGAGACCAACAACUCCCAUCCACCAGCCAUCGCCGGAAUGAGCCCCCGGCAAUUGGGGCCCUCUCUGAAGCUUUACACCGGAUCUGAACUGGAGCUGCACCUCCCGCCGGAGACCAAGCUCCUGGAUCAUCACAUGACGCGGUUGUAUGGCGAGGAGCCGUUCGGCAAUGCGGCGGAGGGGACAUUAAAUUUCUUCGGCAACGAGCAGGCCACGUUUCCAUGGGCUUGGCCUGAUCACUGGACCCAGUAAUUGACUGUAAGUUUUCGGCAUCGGAAGCUGUUUUCUGAACACGACGGGUUUCUAACACAGCCCCAGUUUCUGAUGUACUGUUCUCCUUUUGUUUCCUUAGGACAACAUCUCUAAAAAAAAAUUCCAUAUCUUUUCCCA